UGGAACAGCAGCUGAGCGCGUAAAUGAUUGAUAACAGAUUUGUUCGGCACCUGUUGUCCCAGAUAUUUUAUAGGCCUCCCGAUUGAAAAAUAAAUAAACAAAUACAUAACAUUUAAUCCUGUGUGAGAUUACUUUUAUUCUGAGUGAAACCAAAAGCAGAGAAAGGGAUGUGCACCCAAUUCUUCCUGCCAAUCGAUCAGAGUGCGGAUGGAUCGAUAUGGCACCAGGGCUAUUGAUCACCACAGUCCUCUAUUGCUGUGCGCUUUCAAAUGCAAAUGCACCUAAAUAAUAAUCUUUGGCAACACACUAAUUCCUUAACAAACUGCAGGCAAACGCUUUACAAACAAGCAGAUUCAAUGCGCAAGCGAUUUCCUUUCCUUUUUUAUAAUCGUAAUUAUUUUUUAAUGUGGAACACACAGAGGGCCGCCGUUUAAAGAUUUCACUGGACAAACAGGUGAAAUUCAAAAUUCAGGUUAACAUUGAUUUGGCGUGUAGCCUGUUGAAACAUGGUGGAAUAAAAUUUCAAACAAAAGUAAUCAGUUAAAGAAAGUUAAGAAUAAUAAAUGGGUUGGCAAAAAAUAGCAAAUACCGUGUGCACGCCUAUAGGUUGGAAUUUAUGUGCCAAUUUUGGACACACACACACACACACACACACACACACACACACACACACACACACACACACACACACACACACACACACACACACAGUUACUUAAAGUAGUGCCACGGGCAAACAAGGCAAAUGUUGAGGUUCCAAACAAGGCCAUAUUAGUGUGUUAGUGAGGGAGUGUGUUUAUGUGUGUGUGUGUGUGUGUGUGUGUGAGAGAGAGAGAGAGAGAGAGUGUGAGAGUGAAAGAGAGAAGAAGAAGCAGCACCUCGUCCCGCUGACUUGCUCAGAGGCCUGAUCAAUGCGACAUUACUAAACACUGCUACUUAACUUUUGCCAAUAGCCAGAUUCAAGUAAAUAUACUUUAGAAUACAUUAAGCGUGAUGCAUCAGGCGCGGAGUCAUUCAAGAAGUCAUGAAAAGAUUAGUCUGUCUCUAUCGAGUGAUUCCUGGGAAAAUAGACAAGCGCACGGAGAGUUGGCUCACUACAAAUACCUCUCAGGAAAAAGAAAACACAGUGUUCCCUCUUCAUAAUGUGGAAUAAAAAAUAAACUCUAGUGAUAUUAGAAAUCUACAUUCAUGUACAAAUUGGAGGAAAUCUUACACACACACAGACUAUACUGUCUGUGUGUGGAUAUAUGUUAGUGUUUGUUAUGUUUAAUUUAUAUAAUAUUACUUUUAACAAUCUAUAAAUUGUAACACUGAAAAUAGCAGUGAUUGUGAAAUUUAUAUUUUAUGUUUUGUAUUUUUUUCCCACAGAGCAGCACUCGGCACUCAACCAAAUGAAAAGCUCAAACUUUCACACUUGCUGCUCUGUGUGUGUGUGUGUGUGAGUGUGUGAGUGUGUGUGUAUGUUCUCUCUUUCUGUAAUGAAACUGCCUGUUGACACGGGUCAAACACAUAACAGGAUAGACCCAAGUUAAACCAUUUUAGCAGAAUGCAUCUUUGGCACUAUUGAUCCUUCAGAAAUGCAUCGAGCGGAGCUCCGGGUUCAGCAUUGAUUAGUUGAUCAGCAAACGACAGCAGUGCUUAAAGAUAAAAACAAACUGCUCUGGGCCUCAUAAAAGGCUGGAAUGGUCAGCCUCGAACCGGCUGCACUAAAUUACCCUGCAACUGUAUAUCACUGUAUAUAUACAUAUAACAUAUUAGAAAAUAUAGGAACUUAAAAAUAAAUAGAUUUCAUUUAAUAUAUAAAAUUAGAAAAUGAAAACUGCACAAUCACUCCUUCCUCUCUUUUUUACUUUGUGUAUGUGUGUGUGUAUGUGUGUAUAUGUUAAUGUGUGAAGUAAGUCGAUGCCAACGUGGUGCUGAGGCCACGUCCUCGCGCGCAGUUAUUAAUAUAAAAUAAAUGAGAGACCCUCUGCGGCGUCGCCCCAGUCACACCGCAGAUAUCGACACAGUUAAUAUUUCAUACUGUGUUUGCCAUAGGAUAUGCUUAUUUGAGUAUCCCAAAACAGUGCAUUAAAAAUACAAAUUAAAACUCAGCUUUGGGGAUGCAUGGAUUUCUUGGAGUGUGUUUACUUUGCAUCAAAAUUCAUUUGGGCUUGCUGUAAGGAUGAUUUGACCAAAGUGCGUAAAAUAGAAGAAAACACAAUUGAUUGAAAAUGGGAAAGUGCGUUGAUUAGUUCCCCACGCCCUGUUGACCCUGCUGUAUUUUUCUGAUAGCGUGGCGUUGAGCAGAAGAGCUCUAAAUAUAAUGGCAGAAGAAAAAUAACAGAGGAAGGACUAUGAAGUUAAGAAGUUGUUGUGAGAGUGUGAAACUUUUCAGCGCGUUGUUUUGGGUUGUAAACCCUGGUGAAUUAGGAGCGAGUAGCCAGCAAUGAAAGUUAACAUCCAUCACCACCGCGACCAAUAAGCUGCUCUGGCCGGCUGGCUGAGCACAGAUGACGGAUUCGCUGCUGUGCGGGCUUCGGUAAUUCAUUUUCGAUAGCAGUGGUUGCUGGGAUCAAUACAGGGACAUUAACCCAAGCGGACACUGCUGUUCUCCUGAUGGCACAAGCCAAAAGCCACCAUCCCCCUGUUGGCAAUCAGCAAAGACACACUUUUUUUACGCUCAUUAUUUGGGGGAGAGGAGCAGUGUGCCAAGGCCGCUGAUCUCACUAUUCAUCAGAGCAGUUAUGGAUGGUCCUGACCUAACUGUUGGUAAACACUGGUCAGGGAAAUUAUUUUAUGCAAUUUGCAAAUGAUUAGUGAUGCCACUUCCUGGAUUGUUAGACUAUUUUUUCUCUCAAAGUCCGGGUCGAAAUCCUAAUGGCCUCAUUUUACAUAACAUCGGUGUAAAUGCCAAGCUUCUCACUUUGUACCAGUGUACACAUAGUUCACAGGGCAAUGAAGGCCUCCUGAGGAAGACACAUACACACACACUCACCAACACACCCCCUGAGUGUCAGUACAUGUCACAGAGGUGUUGAUGUCGUGAUCUUUACAACAUAUUAUGUGUCAUUCCUCUCUGCACAUCUCACCCUACAGACAGCAGCAGCAGCACACACUCACACACGCAGGCAGCAAAAGCAGCUCCACAGAUUGUGUUGUAUUAGAAAUAGCUACCGUAUUAUAUAGUAUAUUGUACCUUCAAAGUCAGAUUUUUCUACGGCUUUGGUGCACAUUAGUGGCCACUUUUGGGGCAUAAAGAAAAAUAUAUAAACAAAGCUCAAAUUUCAGGUACUGUCAUCAAUUUAAAAAAAACAGUAAAAUUUACAAGAAGCUCUUUAUUGCAACAUUACAAGCGUGCGUAAAAAGUUGAAAAUUGGUAAAGGCGCAUGGAUUCUGCAGGUACGCAUGACAUUCAAUGUAGCCCGUAUUAAAAGCACAAGUCAAACAAUAUCUCCCCCCGUGUUGUAACUCGGAAGAUAUUUUUGAAAGCUGUUAAGGGGAGUAGAAACUCAGCUUCCGUCGAAAAUGAGUGACUUACUUGUAAACUGCAAUCCUUCUAUCUCGACGUGCAGCUAUGGGCCUACAGCAUCCAUAUUGCGGGUUCCUGCAUACGGGCACCAACUUAUCGAUGCAUCGCCUGAUCCAUACAUACUUUGACAUUGAUGGAUUGCUGACCUGAAUUGACGUCAGCGAGCAGCGAGAAGUUUCAUACAGAAGUUUUGUGAGGAACAUUAUGUGAAAAGUUGGUGUGAGGGAGUUGGGGUUUCUUGGACUCUAUCCGAGGAGCAAGGAUGCGAGAAAGGGUCAAAGCCUAGAGGCUAUGAUGAAAUGAAACUCCAUAGACUUGUUCAGUAAGAUUUACUGAAGAAAAAAGUUGUGUGAAAAAAAGUUAUGGGUGAAAACUAAACAGGGUAACACUAUAGACUUGUACUGCUGGAGCGUUUCCUUUGCACAUUGUGGAUGAGAGACACGGAUGUGAUUUCAUUUAAGGAGUCAAAGGUCAUUUGCAGUCUGACGUUCAGAUCCUCACAUUUUUAACUUUAAAAUAAAUUGUUGUUUUGAUUUAAAUUCAAAUAUUUAUUAAGAGGCCACAUAAGGCAGCUUAAAUUUAUGAAUAAUGGAGACGAAGGCUGUGACCUCCUCUGAAGAGAACUUGCUUUUCUAAUUAAACUCGUGGCCUGAUGUGACACAUGUCAAUUAAUCUUUAACUUUGAGCAGAUGCAUCACAUGGACUGCUGGCGCCACGUCAAACGCUUUUAUCAGAAAACAAGGAGCGAGCUCAUCUUAUCCAUCUGAGUGUAAAUGUUGCACACUCUGCAAAGGACUGAAGGUCUGUGUUUUAUCUCGGAGUCCAACGCAAUCUUUUUUUGAGGAAUUUAAGGUUCAGUGUACAACAUGAGCAACCCAUGGCAUAGGGGCCAGUGACGUCAGAUUGGCCCCAGACAGAGCGUGCGAGUGCGAGGAUGGACCACGGGGGCGCGCACAUGCGCACAGGCUCGGUCUCAUCCUAACAUGAGCGCGGGCGCGUCAAUAUACACACAGAAAGCAGAGCAGCGCUUUGGGUAUAGUAGAAGGUGCUCCACAGCGAGAGAAAUCCAGGCAGGCUGCGCCUUCACACGCUGAGCUGAGGUUUGUGGCGGCCAGGACCCGAUCUUUUAAAACCAUGCUGGAUUGACUGCAGAGAGGCAACUACAAUCAAUGGCUUGGCUUUGAAAUCGUUGAAAAUUUAUUGGAAAGGAGUGUGAGACAGAGCGACAGUGAGAGAGGGAGAGCAGCGAGGGAGAGAGCGAGAGAGUGGCGAGAGGGGUGGAAAUAAAGAUCCUUUCAACGAUGGAGCUUACAAUGGAAAACAUUGGAAAUCUGCACGGUGUUUCUCACUCCCAUCAAACGAGCGACUUAAUGAACUCCCCGCACGCGCGCCAGUCGUCGGCGUCGCAUCGGAACUUGGUGUCGCACGGACGCUCAGCCAUGGUGUCCAGCAUGGCCUCGAUACUGGAGGGAGCGGGGGACUACCGCACAGACCACGCGCUGUCUGGGCCCCUGCAUCCGGCCAUGACCAUGUCGUGCGACUCCGGGAUGAGCCUGAGUAGCACCUACACCACGCUGACGCCGCUGCAGCACUUGCCCCCCAUAUCCACCGUGUCGGAGAAAUUUCACCAUCCGCACCCACAUGCUCACCAUCAUCCGGCGCACCAGCGACUCGCAGCUGGGAACGUCAGCGGCAGCUUCACCCUGAUGAGGGACGACCGCAGCCUCGCCUCCAUGAGUAACCUAUACGGCCACUACCCCAAAGAUAUGUCCGGUAUGGGGCAGCCUCUGUCUCCCCUCUCCAACGGACUGGGCUCUUUGCACAGCUCCCAGCAGACUCUCAGCGCCUACGGCCCCGGUGCUCACCUCUCCAACGACAAGAUGAUCUCCUCGGGGGGCUUCGAGUCCCACGCCAUGUUGUCCAGGGGCGAGGAGCACCUGGCCCGGGGUCUUGGGGGCCACGGGGCCGGGCUCAUGACCUCCUUGAACGGCAUCCACCAUCACAGCCAUCCACACUCUCAGGCAAACGGGUCCAUGCUGUCUGAGCGGGACAGGCAGACGGUGGUGGGAGGCGGGCAGGGCGGCGGGUCGGGGCAGGUAGAGGAGAUAAACACCAAAGAGGUGGCACAGCGAAUAACGGCAGAGCUCAAGCGCUACAGCAUCCCACAGGCCAUCUUUGCUCAGAGGAUCUUGUGCCGGUCCCAGGGAACUCUGUCCGACCUGCUGCGGAAUCCUAAACCGUGGAGUAAACUCAAGUCAGGCCGGGAGACGUUCAGGAGGAUGUGGAAGUGGCUCCAGGAGCCCGAGUUCCAGCGGAUGUCGGCGCUCAGGCUUGCAGGUGAGUGAGGAGACAGCUCCCAACCUGAGUGAUGUGAAGGGAUCAAUUAGAAGUCAAUGUGGCGAGACUGUCAAUAGCUGCUCAAACAGACAUUACUAGAAGUUAUUAGUCGAUUAUAUCGAGUAAAACUUCAUCAUGACAGUUGGGGUGUUAAAUGUUGGGGGAAAUCUAUAUUUUGAUUGAUGCUACAAUCCAUGAGAGUAUAAACAGAUGCUGUACAACACUGGAGGUGUUUCAAACAAAGUGGAGGAAGUGACUUUCAAAAGCAGACAAGGUGUGAACGCAGCCUGCGCGUACAUGUUUUUUUUACGCACAGUUUACGCACGGACAGAACACAGUUAAAUACAAUCCUCCCAGUCUGCUUCACUCUGUUUCUCCAUGUCAGUCCCUCUCAAAUACACAACAAACAAAAUCACAGAGAGAGAGAGAGAAGGGGGCCAAACAAAGAAAAUCAAAGCAGGAUGUGACUAAAAUUGAUUACAUCUCGCAAUUACUUUAAAGCUUAACCAAAUCUUCUCUCUGAGAUCAGAGCAAACACCAAGUUUUACUUUGGACUCUUUUGUAUCAAAUACACUUGAUGUAAUACUCAUCCUGUCAAAUAAGGCGCAAACAAGGAUCGUCUGAGGCCUGGCCAAAGAGUCUGGGGAGCAUGACCUCCUAUGGAUCAAUAUUUCAGGUCCAGGCGUCCCCUUUCAGAGCAGCGUGCUGAUAAACGAUCGAUUGGGAUCUGAAAGACAGAGACACAAACAGAUGCGUCUUUCUGUGGCCUGUGUUGUAUCCUCUGCCCUCUCCAAAGUUGGUUUUGGGGGUCUGUUUAGGGAUUAUGUUUAUUGUGGUUUGUGAUGGUUUAGACCUGGCAUCAUUGGGGCAUGAUAACAGAAAUAGCUGGAUAUCCUUUGUGCUCAGAAUGGGGACUCAAACCUUUGCUUUCUCUCUUCCCUUGUCUCAUUGAAUGCUCCAGCCAUCGUUGUGGCUUUUAUUACGCCAAGAUCCGCACAUAAACGCAGGGAUUAGAAACCAGCUCCUCUCUCUUUAAACCUCUAACACCUGAUUAACAGGCCGCAAAUGAAAACGGCAGACAUCGUGGAGGGGUUAAAACAGAGAUGUGAGUGAGAGGUCCCCUCGCAUUGAUGUUUGUGUAAAGGCCCCGUUUAGACGUGCAGCGCCUCCAAACGUCAAUCAGCUCCUCUGUGUCGUAUUUCAGAGAACAGUUCAAUUAAGCAGAUAUAGUGGCAUAUUUUAGUUCCAGUCAAUGCCCUAUUGAAAAGCACUUAAUGGCAUGUAAAUUGUUCCUUUGCGCAUUUAGUGGGGUUCUGGUAAAUAAAGAUUUAAACACUCCACAAUUGUCUCUUUAAGUGCCACUGCUGUUAAAGCUAAUUGGGCUGUGGGGUUUUAUAUCUUCCACACUCGGCACCAGGAUACCCCCCCCAACACACACACACACACACACACACACACACUCACACCCAAUCCAAUUGACAUGUUGGAGUGGCACAGUCCUGAGCAGCGUGCACCUCCUGCAUAACCUUAUGCGGUCAGGCUCAGGGCAGCCUGGCUCUAUGAUUGUAGUAUCAGGACUGCACUUGUGUUUUUUAAUCCAGUGGCUUUAUAUUUGGUUGAUCCUUUAGUAACAAUAUAAUAGCAAACAAUCAACUUAAGAUGUAGCCUAAUUUUUAGAAUGAACAGAUUUUCGUCGCUCUUGUGUAUUGUGCAUUAACCUGCUGCCACACCAGGUCUGACAGAAAGUUCAGGAUGGCUAAAUGACAAAUGACUAGUAUGUAAAUGCGCGGUGCAACAUUUUACUUAGUGCAUUUAAAAUCACCAUUAUCCUCGGUGCGCAUGUGGGCUGGGAGUGGGAGUUGGGGGGGGUUUGCGAUGCUGAAAGUGAGGCUGGGCCAUACUCGCUCGGCCACAUCAAUCAAUAAAUUCAAAUUACUAUUCCAAAUUCAUCACAGUCACACAAAUCAAUGCCGCUGCCCUGCUUAGCUAAUGUGAAAAUGCCAGUGUCUACACACACACACGCACACACACACACACACACACACACACACACACAUAGACACACGACAAUCCAGCCCUGAAACGAAAAACAGAGCAGAGAUAGGCCCGUUGGGGGGGUGAGUGGGGGGUGGGGGGCGUCCUUCACGCUCAACAUCUCCCAAUCCAACGAGGGCAAAGACCCACAAGGCUUCCCCACCUAGUGCGUUCUUAUAUGCAGAGCCAGGCCCGUGCAGCUAAAAGCUUUAACCUUUAGGUGCCUUUCUGAGUAUCUUAAAGCACUCGUACACAAACACUUCUGUAUAAAUAAGCAGGCAGCUUCAUUGUAAAGCUGCACGAGUAAGAAAGACGUCCGCAAAGUGAGCUUUGCGAGGCAUUUAAAGAUCGCAUUAACGAUGAAAACAAUUCGUCUUUGCAUCUGUGUUGAAUUCCACACUCCAUCUCAAUGUAUUUGGUCGGGUCAAUACGGCCCUGAUCGAUAAGGAUAGCCAGUGCAUCUAUCAAUUAUCCCGCCUCAGCACUCUCUCCCAUUGGUCUCUCCCCCGGAGCAGAGGGGGGAGGCGGGGGCCGGAAAAGUGGGAAUAUAGGACAGCUGUUGAAAAAAAAAAAAUGCUUUUGCAACACCUUUUUUUUUUCCUUUUCUGUAAUCAUGUUCCAUUUGUUGUGUGUAAUGCACCCUCACACGUUUUCCCUGUGGGAUUUGGGAUACAAACUAACAUUCACGACUUUUCCGGGCAGAUGUUGCAGGAAAUAUUUUAUUAUCUCCCCCACCCCCUCUCAUAAAAAAAAUGAUAACAUGAGAUGUAUUUUGCAUCACUAAUAUCUCCCAAAUAUCCUCCAUCACGCCUCUAUUCUCUCCCGUGACAGUGAUGAGGUGUCAUGGCAUCUCCUCUCCAAAAAAAAGGGGAGGAAAAAAAAAAAAGCGCAGUUGGUUUAUUACCAUUUGAAUGGCCGGAGCACGUGCCAGGGGGCGCAGGUCAGGACCCACAGGACACGCAGGGAAAACAUUGAAGAGAAUGAGGGUGAGAGGCCUCUAUUCAUGUUUCAAUGGACUACACGCAGUUUACACAGGCCUAAUCCCGGAGCAAUACUCCUCCCCUGCACUGCCACCCUCCGUCACACUGCACUCUUUACCCUCGACACGUGCACAGCUGCAAUCACCCCCAUUCACUGCCUUUGAUUGAUAUAAUUUAAUCAAAUUGAUCAUUUUACUUCCUGAAGGAUAUUUUAGCAUUAAUCUGGUAAACGCCUGAAUAUAUAUGAAAUAAUUGUGAAUAUAUGGCUAAAUUUGUUAUAUAAUGGUUUACAUGUGUUAUUUUUUAAUGAUAUAGAUUUAUUUUGAUGUGCAUGCUACCCAAAAAGAAGGUGAACACCCUGCUGUUUGUCCAUACUUUAUGCAUCUAAGCACCCCAGGGCGCUGUCCAGAGUGCUGAAACGUCCCAGUGUCCAUACAGCACCUUCUCCCAGUUUGGAGGACAGUUCAAGGUGGUGAACUGGAGUUUUACCAAUACAUAGUUAAUAGCACUCUGGUAGGCCCUAAACACCAUUAUUUCAUCCAACAGCUCCCACCCAUCGAUCAAUAUUACAAUCCACAAUCGCGUCAAUCACACCACCCAGCACCCUACUUUCCAAUCCAACCGGGUUCUACAUUUAAAUCUCAUCUGAUUCCUUCUUGGAGCUGAAGAAACACAAACUGGAGGUUAUUUUUUCUUAUUUUGGGGUACCUACAGAAAUAUCAGUUGAGGAUGGUGCUUCUUUAAGGUCAUUUAAGAUAGGAUAAUGGGUUUAAUUGGAUGGGGCAUUACUAUGUGAUUGAUGUGGGUUAAUCUAAAUCAGGGUUUUUUUUCUCAUGAAGAUGUGGCUUGAUGUUAGCCUGCGAAAUGAUCGAUUGGGACUUUAAUAAUUGAUGUGUGAGGGGAAGAUAGGGGGGGUAAACAGUGCAGCUGCGGUUUCAGAGCCUCGUUGUUCGUUAAGCACAGCAUCGUGUGCUGUAAGUAGUGAGACACGCGUGUACAAGCAUCGCCUUUGAAAUCCUCUGGUGGGAGAGCAACAGUCAUUUUCUGGAGGUUAUACCUCGAGGCUAUUUGGGUUUAAUCCCGGGUUCAGUGCGGCUCAGACCAGAUGAAAUGACAUCUCACGCCUUGCAUCAUUAUCUGCAACCAAGCAGUAUAUGCUGGCUUCAAUGUUGGAAGGUGAAACUGAUUAAUUCAUCGUUACAUUUGCAUAAAUCUUCAUGUUGCAGGCUCACAUUCAUUAUUGAACACAUCGUGUAAGUUACAUAAGGAUGGGGACUUUUGAGAAAAACCGCACAUGCACCAUUAAAGAAGAUGCAAACAUCUUCUUGUGAGAUUUUCCUUUUCGCCACUGCAUAACACAGGAGCAUAUCAGCGCCUGCAUACGUGUCGCCUCCCCUCUCCUCCUCUCCUGUGUGUAUGUGAUCGGGAUGUAGAGUGCGUCUGCGCCACAUUGUUAAGGCCGAUCUGGCGAGCCCUGAAUCUGUAUCGAUUUCCAUUCCCCGGCCUCUGCUUUCCAUCUCUGGAGCUGCGCCAUGCAGCCAUGCAACCCCCUCCAUCUCAACCAUGCAACACCAUUUCUCCCAUUAACAGCUCACCCUUCAAACGCACAGCACAAUGACUAAUAAACUAAGCAUGCUCUCGUGCUGCUGUGCUGCACAUUUCGCCGCGUGCUCCCCGGUCCAAACGGUCAAUUGCUGACUUGAGAUUUUUAAGAGGUUUUGAGGCUGAUCUCCUCCUCUGUGAUACCAGAGGAUUAGAAACACGAGACGGCUUACAGUUCACAGACAGUUAACCUCUUUCUGCUCAUUAUACAUCCCACCCACUCUGUUCCGUCCUGCACACACUGCUCUGACCAGCCGACCUUAUUAUUCUAAAUAAUGUAAUUUUAAUAGAAAUCAGAUCAGCGACAGAAGCAAGAGCCCGCUGUCUCCCACUUCCUCGCCCAUUUCUCUUUUUAGCUGCACACACAUCCACACACACACACACACGCCGUUUCCAAUUCACACGGGGGGCGUGCUUAGCAAUUAUAAAUGCAGCAGAGGUCUGGACUCUGUACAGUCUCGAAUACCGUCUCUUCUAUUUUAGAUGAUCAAUUCCUACGCUUCUCCGUCGCCCCCUCGCCAAACCGGAUCGAUAGGAGAGAAUGACCUUUAAAUCAAAUUGCUGGCAGAGUCGACUGAAUGCACGCGGCUAGCACCAAAGGGUUAACGGCGCUGCGUGCAUGCGUGCGUGCGUGCCCCAUUUCAAGACAAAAAAACGCAACAAGCACACCUGACAUUAUGGCAAUUAAAUGUCAUCAUCGGUCCUCGCUCUUUGCUGAAUUAGCCUCUUAGAAAGGAGCUGAACUGUGAUGUGUGAUAUGUGAACUGUGUCUUUGUGUGUUCGCGUGUGAAGAUGCUCAAAAACAACAAAUCAUUCCGUGGCUUUUGACCCCUCCACUAUCGGCAGAGGUUUGCACAAGAGCAGAUGCAGGCGACGAGUCCAAAGAGCAGACUUGUUGUGCAAUUAAAGAUGUUGACCAGAUCAACUGCACAGCUGUUAUGUAACACAGGGAUGCCCCCCCACCCUAAAAAAAUCAGGGGCGGGUGCAUCGUGCUGUCUUUGCACCUUUACGCAUCCACAGUAGAUCCGCCUCUGUGUUCCCGGCAACUUUAUCCUGCUUUCUCCCUCUCAUUCACAAUUUAUUUUACUGAGCAGCAUGACAAGAUGUCACCGAGUGUCAGAUAUUCACCUUCCUCCAAAGUUUGGAGUUUUACAUCUCAAUAAAUAGAAAGAACCAGAUCACACUUUUGGACACUAUACUUAUAAAUCUGUGUCUUGUACACAUUGGCUGUUUAUCUGACACGCUAUCGUUCAUUAAAGGGCCCAUAAUGGCUUGUUUAAUGCGCAGUCGAAGAACACAAAGCAAGGACAAUGUCCGUCCAAUUAAAGAGAGGAGAGGGCACUCACGAUUCACCACUAUCAAGAGCUUUAAUCUCGUGUUAGGUGCUAAAACAUGAAGGCUCUGAAAUACACAGAGAGAGGUGGGUGCACAGUAUUUAUAUAAAUCACUGACUUUUAAUUUGGGUUGGGAGAAGAAUGCACACGAGUCCUAAAAAUAUAUUUCAAAUAAGAAAAUAUAUAUAUACAUAUUAUCCAAUUUGAAGAUGUUUCACUUGUUCAAGAAAAAAAAUGUAUUUUUUAACCUAAAAUUUUUGGACACAUUUAGUAAAAAGAGCAUAAAAAAGUGUUUUGUUUCCUUUUAGAUAAAAUAAACAGGGAUAAAAAAAAAUCAGGAAAUAAAUGUCAUAGAGCAAAUCACAUCUCCUCCUCUCCGGCCUUUUUUUUUUAAUUUAAAAUGAGAUCCUACAGAUGGUUUGUACGAAACCGGUGUAAGUCUUUGCAUGGGGUCGAUCACAACAUAACCACAAACACACGCACACACACACACACACACAUACACGUACACACACACUCACAAGCAACCCGAAACUCCGGUUGGGCAACCCCACACAGAUCAACAAAGGAACAAAACGGCUGUGAAAUCAAUUGAUGAAUGAAUCGAUAUGAGCGCAUACCGCCUCGACACAAUAUGUUAUUAAAUAUAACGAACUGGCUGCAGGUGAUCCGAUCCCAAAUAUGAAUAUUUGCUUUUAAUUUGCUGCUUUACGAAGCCCGAUGUUGAAAUGAUGACUGUUGUGAAGUGGCUUUUUUAUACGACUAGAGAAGUGUGUGUGUGUGUGUGUGUGUGUGUGUGUGUGUGUGUGUGUGUGUGUGUGUGUGUGUGUGUGUGUGUUGGUAUUAUGCGUAUGGAUUGGAGUUUUUUUCUUCCCACAAUUACGCAUUUCACACCACCCAAAAAAAAAAAAAAAAAAAAAAUAGAAAAUUAUUACUCAAACGUUGAAUACACCGUUUUCUUCGUCAUACUAUAGUCAUUAUAUUUACAGUCACAACUAAUAAGUUCAAAAUAAUUAUUCAAAUUAUUUGGGGCUGCCCCUAAAUGCAUUUAUCUAUUAAAGAAAUUGAGACACCCAAUCCACGCAAAUUUAGACCAUUCUUUUGCAAUUUGAGACAACAUGAAUUGAGCUGUUGAGGGAAAAACGAGAAUGUAAAGGUGUGUUUUACACGAUACACCCUCCUGGAAAAUUAGCUACUACAUAUCAGGGACAAAUCUCCUUUAGAAUAAAAUGUACUUAAUUAAUUGUAUUCUAAAAUACUUUGUUUAUUAUCGAAAAAAAGCAAAUAAGUGCUUCUCUACAGCGCAAUAAGAGCUGAUUCAGACCUCUCUCUGUCGACUCCCCUCGUCAUAUAAUUGAGUGAGAACUGUAUUGAAUUGAAUCUGUAAAAUUCAUGCAUAUUGAAAAGCUGUCUGUCUCCCUGUGGAGGGUAAACAGAAUCAUCAGGCUGCAGAUCACUUUGAUGAUUCUCCUGCGACGAAGAAGAAAUGAGCAGAGGAGUGACAGAUCAUAUGUGAGGAAUAUUAAACUGGUUUUGGAUGAAAAGAUGAAUCCGGUGCAAACAUCUCGACUUCGGUGGUCUAAGUAGGGUGGGAAUGAAAACACAGAUGACUAAUAUUUACCUCUAAAUCCUGGUGUAGCUUCAUUUAACACUUCUUUUAUUGUCACAUUUUGUGUUUUAUCUUGAAUUAGACCAAGCAAAAAUCUAACUUCUUAAGAGAGCAGCAGAUUCACAUCCGUGCGUAACUGUUUUUCAUGAAGUGGAUGUAAUUUGAAGCACCUUUCACCACUUAUAAUAUGUGUUUUAGUGUAUGUAAAAUUCUGUUUUAAAAAUAUUUUUCUUCCUUUAUCUUAAGAUUACAUUUGGCACGUAUUAAAAUGUGUAAAAAACACGGUGCGGGCCCACACCUGUUGUCAGAGGCCCGCCUGUCCCCCUUUCAAAAUAAAGCAUCAUGAUCAUUACCGCCAUCACGCAUAACUGGUCAAAGCAAUUAUGAAUGAAAUCAAUGAUAAUCGCAGAAAAGAGUAUCACUUCAACAAUGGAGCCGCUCAUUCAAAUAAGUGGCACAUGCAUGCAAGAGACCAAGGCUGCUAUUAUUAACGUGGCACCAAAUGAUGCAGGUUCAAAUCCACUCAUUUCUGCGCUUCCCUCAAUGGCUCAGUGCGUUUAAUUAUCUCAAACCUCAUAAGGAGUGUGAUCAUCACAGGCUGAAGCUUUAACUCAUCAUUGAUUUGUGAUUUCUUAGCUGUAACACCUGGUUGGAGAUUUCUUCUUUUUUGUUUGUUGGAGAUUCUUAUCCAUGAUGCAGCGAAUGUUGGAAACAAAAUUGAAAUGUUUGCAGCCAGCCGAGCUGCAGAGGACUGAGAGUUUGAUGUGGGCGAAGGUGUAACUGAGUUCAGGUUGAGUGUUAUUGAAGUGCUGGAGAAGAAAUGCCUCGCAGCCGAGUCGCGGGAGAAGGCAAACAAACAAAUUGUGUCGCUUUAUCAGUAUAUUAACACCAAUUCUCACUCAUUACAUUAAGGAGUAUUGAGCUGGAAGUGUUUUGGCCUCGUGCGAGAGAAAGAGAGAGAGAGGGGGCGAAAAGGAGAGAGAGAGAGAGAUUGGCAUUGCCCUGCAGCCAGGAGAAAUAAAUGCCACCGCAUAUAUACAUAGGCGGAUACACACACUCUGCUAUCAAUCUUUAGGGCAACGGUCCAUGUGAGGCAGCGCAGACAUUACUUAAUAAAUGGAGUGAAGCUUCAACAUCAAAAUGGAAGGAGAAGAAGAAGAAGAAGAAGAAGAGUGCAACUACAAGCAAACGGCGUAGAUUAGUAGAAAGGACAAAAACAGAGCUGCAGUGUGUAGAGGUGUGUGUGUAUGUGUGUAUCAAUGCGCCGAACCGUGACCGGUAAACAUGUUUAUUGGUAAAUUAAUUAAAUCAGCAGACGAUGACCCCGCGUGCUUUACAAACAGGGCCAGAGGAGUGGGUGGAGAGGUUUUAACAUCCAAAGUAAAAAAAAAAAAAAAAAAGAGGAAAAAAAGGCUGUGGGGGUGAUUUCAGAUGCAAAUGUAUAAUCAUGCUUUCAUAAAACACUACAGGCACAAUAUUAGGCGUUUGACUUUCUCAUUAUGAGCAGGAAGGGCAGCGAUGAUCAAUAAAUGAUUAAUGCUCAAGGUGGACGCACAUCUGUAGGGACAGAGAAGGCCAGAGACAGCUGUGGGCGCGCGCUCACGAGCCCGCCUCACACGCGCACACAUACACUCACACCUCGAACAGGUGAUGAUCAGAUGCUUAUUUUCAUCCUGUGAUUUUUUUUUUUUAAAGUCCUCUAAGAAAAUCCGGAUCAUCAGGCUUCCUUCCUCUCCACCCCUUCAUGAAUCUCCUCUCCAGGCCUUCUGCACUCCCCCCCUUUCCUUCUUCCUCCUCUCCUCCUCACCCCCUCCUCCUCCUCCUCCGAGGCAUAAUUAAUUGGACGAACUGAAUUUCACACACGAAUUAUUCACGAAUCUAUCGAUCGAUAUUGAACACCCAGGGCCUUUCUCUUAACCUCGCUUGGUUUGUCGUGAAGCAAAGAAUAUUAAUGUCAUCAGCGGAAGAGAAAUAGGCCCGAGUUAUGCCUCCUUUUUAACAAAGCAGAGGAAAGAAAUAGAGGAAUUAGUCAUUGAUGAAUUUUGAGAGUUAAAAGGAGAGAUAGUCUGAUAUAAGAAGCUGACAUGAAGGGGCUUUGGGGUUGUUGGGGUUUAUUUAAAGUGAAAAUGAAAAUGUAGAAGUAGAAAAAUGUCUGAUUGUCAAUCUAAACUUGAGGGAUGCAUUCAAAGUAGGUCAUCUCUUCUCAUGGUUGUGCAUACUGAGUAAUAAAAAUCACAUUUCUGUCUGUACAUGCAUGGCGAUCAGCAGGAUGUACCUCAGAAUAAUAUUAAUAAUAAAAAUAACACACACUCUCAACACCAAACCAGGAUUUCUGCUCCUGUCCGGUGGCUCUUUGUGCAUGAGUUUCUGUCCGUCUCUCUGCUCGGUGCCUACUGUAGCUCUAAAAGCUGCAAUGAUCGAUUUUUUUUCUUUUCUACGCUGAGCUUGGUUCAGUAAUCAGGGCCCCCUUCCUCACCGAUCGAUCGAUAUUGAUUACUAAAUCCAGCGCCUGUAGCAAAUGCAGCGCACUAUGGCGCCCCGUGCAGCCGGGUCCACGGCGAGAGCGACACCUGCAGACCGACUCGGCACAAAGCACGCGGUGGGUGGGUGGGUGAGUGGGGGGUGAGGGUGGGUGUGCAGGACGUGACUGUAUCGUGGUGAGAGGUGGAGAGUGGAGCUGGGACUGUCUGAGCUCGUUGUGGAGGCUAACACUCCUCCUUAGGCUACAUUUUUUUCUUACUUGUGUAGAUACAUUUCUUACUUUUUCUUUUCCGAUAAAAUUUUAAAUCUCAGGGAUUUUAAAGAGAGUAAAAAACCGACAAUAAAAACGAUAGUUAACCCAGAGUUGACCUCACAGAUUUGUUGUCAGAUCCAUUAAUAAAGUUUCAAACAAUCCUCUGUUGUGUUUUUGGCUGUACACAGAUCCAUGUUGAAUUUAUACUAUCUGGGAGUACACAGUGGCAUACAGGCUUUUUGUGAAAUUUACACGUUUCUGUAAUUAGUAAGCUGACAAAAAAGAUUAAACAUUGCAUUCUAGGGGGGAAAACAGUCUGGUUUUUUUCGCUUAAAGAGAAACUAAGUCUGCUAAAAUUAAGGAAAACAUACUGCAGAUUUAGCACUCCACAUUUAAGAUACAUCACCUGUGUGUGUAAAACACUGGGCUACCUGGAAAAAUCAUGGGAAACAGAGGGCAAUGCACCAGAAGCUGAACCUAAACAUUGCCAUACUGAUAAUGUAAAAUUUCCAGAAAGAAAAAACAGGGGAGGUUACUUUAAAAGCUAUGCCUAACAUAAAAAUGUUGCUGCAUUAUUUCCUGUACAUACAAAAACACAAGAAAAACUGUGUGCAGAGUCAAAAUCCCACAGUAUUAUUAUAGUUCUAGGUGUUCUCUGCACACAUCAGCUCUGUACUCACUGCUCUUGCGCAGUCUUCACCAGCACCUCUUCAGAGCUGCACUGCAUGUUCAGGAUCUUUGUCCUGCUGAGAUGUGAAUCCUCUUCAUAAAAGUCCAAGCAGGAUAGGAUUGUACCUCUUAGCUGAGUGCUGGUAGAAGCCUCUCCACAGUCAGUGGGGAGCUGAUGCAGUCCAAAGUCCCAAAUCAAAGAUCAAGUAGAGCGCUCGCAGGUUGGGAAAAUCUUGUUUGCUCACAGAAGCUGCUUCUCUGCAACUAUAGCAUAAAAACAGCAAUUUGUAAACAACAUAUUUCUCCUGUCUGACAUCAUGCUAUUAGCUAGUAAAUGAUAAAUGUCAGACUUAAUUCAUUAUAGAAGGAAUUGUUUGAACUACAUUUUUACUCAUUACGGCUGCACUCUCAAACAUUACCUGACCAUCUCUAUGAACUAAAUCAUUCGCUCAGCUGGGUUUGUUUCUUGGAGGCAGAUGUUGCUCUGUUUUUGUAAAGAUUUCACCUCACUGUAUUGGCUGUAAGUAAGCAAACCAAGUCUAUGUCAUGUGAGUAUGAGUUCUACUUAUAAAUAAAAUACUGAAAAUUAUAUCCCCUUUAAGUUUAAGAGCUAAAGGACAAAAAUUUAACCAAUUUGACUUCAUUUGUGUCUAUUUUUUGGUUUAUUUAAUCUCUUCUGGCACAGGGAGGCUUUCCUGUAAAACAUCAUUAAACAUUUAUCAAAUCGUCAAACGCAAAAUCAUAUAUAGAAUAGAAAUAUAUAUUUUUUAUAAAUGGAGUAAGUGUCUGGUUGAUAAAAAGAUUGAAAAUCAAACAAUACAAACGACUGUAAAUGUAGGUUCAAUGUUGAGAAAACCGGACCAAGUGAUAAAAGGUGAAAGCGUUAGUAUUUUACACACCUUCUUUAUCUAGAUUGACAUUUGCUUGACAAACUCCUUACUGUAGACUCAAGAUGAUUUCAGAGAUGUUACCACAUAAGUAUAAUCAGUUUGAAGUCAAACUGUGGUUACAUUUUUUUCCUUUAGCCUUUAAACUUUGAAGGGAUAUAAUUUUUAGUAUAUUGUCAGUAAAACUUGGUUUGCUUACUUACAGCCAGUACAGUGAGGUGAAAUCUUUACAAAAACAAAGCAACGUCUGCCUCCAAAAAACAAACCAAACCAUAUAAGUGACAGAUUUACCAUUCUGAAUUUGUCCAACUCUUCCUUGAAAAUGCUGAGAAAUGUUUUCUCUUGUAGUUGGAAGAUAGUCUCGCUCAAAGAUGAUUAAGGAUUGUGAAGCAGUUGUUAUAUAAACAUAACAAGUCUGUUUUAUUCCUGACGUGGCGUCUGACCAAGUCUGACAGCUGGAAUAAUUCAGAUUAGAAUCAAAAUAAUAGAAAAACUCAGUCCUCCUCAGCUUUUUUCUUCGUGGUCUUGACCACUUUUAACCCUACGAUAAAUCACAGCAGUGCACACGAUGAUAUACAUACUGUACAUACAAGCCUGCAUUUAGACAAUUUUGUGUGUAGCAUAUUAGAGUGUGUGUUUGGGUGAUAUAUAUAGAGAGCUGCAGUGUUGAUGUGAAAUAUGAAUAUGAUGGAUGGGCCUGUGUGCAGGUUAGACAUCUGUAGUAAACAGAUUGGACUGCAAUGGCUGAUCAAUGGGCUCUGUUCCACUGUAAUUAGACACACAGCGCCACGGCUUGGCUCCAGCCACUUCAGCAUAAUCACAACCUUCCCCCUAAACACGCACUCGCAGACUUACACACACACACACAUACGCGCACACACACAAACAAACAGAACAUAAAAGAAAAAAAUCUGUCCUUAAAUGCAUCAAGAUUCACACACACACACACACACACACAUACAUACAACCACAGUGUGGGAGUGAGACAUUAUUGAAGGCGAGUAUGAAAGUAUCAGACAAUACCAACGGCGGCAGGUGGAGACCCCACAGGGAUGGCAUCUCUCUCUCCCUCUCUCUCUCUCCAAUUUGCUCUUGUUCUGUGGAGACAGUAGGGAGGCUGAGAGGGACACACAGUCCGUUCUGGCAGGAUUCGAUUCUCAGUCAGCAGGGGAACAUGUGGCCGCAGAGGUGGAGCCUUAACCUUCCACACACACACACACAACUUCUACACACAUACACACACACAACUCCCACUACAUCAUCUCUGGACACCGUUUGAGCCUUUUACUCUGAACCCGUCUGCGGCUUUCCACUCAUCUCCCACAAAUACUUCGACUUACAACACACUUACCCACAAUACAACACUCUAUUAACUAUUAAUUUCUGUGUUCAGUGCCUACAACCCCUCCACCACCUCAGACCCCCCCUCCCCUAACCUGAAAGAGUACACUCGGUGUGUUUUCUUUUGAAAAUUGCUCUGUGUAUGGGAAGGUGCUCGUAGCAGCCAGUGCAUGCACCUCUCGAGUGUUUGUGUUUGGGGAGGGGGGGUGGGGGGGGGUGGGUUGAGUGGGUUAUAAAUACCCUCUCAGAGCUCAAUAGAGUGGGCUCCAGUGGGCUCCGUUUGAAGUAGCAGACUGUAGACCUGCUGGGGGGGAUUCUGACCUCAGUCCCUACAGAGAACCCCCCAAUUCCUACAGCAAAGUCAGUCAAUAUCUCUCUUUCUCCUUCACUCGCCACCCCUCCCUCUCCUUCUCGGCUCCUUGCUUUGGCUCUCACACACACACACACACACACACACACACACACACACACACACACACACACACACACACACACACACACACACACUCUCUCUCGCGCACACACACAGCCUCGCUCCUGCACCUCUUCUGUUCUUUUCUCUCCAACCUUUUCUUUCCCCGUGUUGGCCCCUCCUCUAUCUCUCAUUUCCACACACACAAAAUGCUUACUUUUGUGCAACAGUCACUCAGUCCCCCAUUGCGACUCAAACUGCAUUAAUAUUGAAUCAAACAGCAGUGUCUCCAGCUAGCAGGCAACAGCCAGUCUCACCCCUCCUUCCCUCCCUCCCUCCCUCCUCACCCCAUCUUUCUCUCACCGCAGGCUGGCUCCCUGUCUGCACUCUGCAGGAUGGAAGGAAUAUUCCCACUGGGCAGGAGGCAUGGAUUAGCUUUAAAUCAACUUUAAUAUGGCGAUAGAGAUGGAGCUGUAGAAUCUCUGCUGCUGUAUAAACUUGUUUUUAUGUGUUUAAGUAUUGGCUAAUGAUACAUUUAGCAGCUUUGCUUCCCUUCACUGUCUAUUUUUGUGAUUUAAUCAGGAAAAUAAUCACUUUUGUAUAUUUACCUGGCUUUGUGUUCUCUUUCCCCUCUUUGCCUCCCACUCUCAUUCCCAUCCCUCCCACCGCUGCCAUCCACACCAAGCCUGCAAGCGCAAAGAACAGGAGCAACACAAGGACCGCAACACGGCGCCCAAGAAACAGCGUCUGGUCUUCACCGACCUGCAGCGCCGCACCCUCAUCGCCAUCUUCAAGGAGAACAAGCGUCCAUCCAAGGAAAUGCAGAUCACCAUCUCCCAGCAGCUCGGCUUGGAGCUCAGCACCGUCAGCAACUUCUUCAUGAACGCACGCCGCCGCUGCGUGGACCGCUGGCACGAUGACCACGGUGCCAGCCCGGGGCAGCCAGGCACAUCUGCUACCACCUUCUCCAAGGCCUGAGAGAAGGAGAGGACCUUCAGAAGGCCAGAGGACCAGGCUGAAAAAACAGGCAUCAUGGGAAACUUGCUGUGAAAACCUGGUUCUGGACCGUCUGAAUGCGUCCUCUGCCUGAAAAAUCCUUUGUGCCAUGCAAUCAUCUUUAUUGUCAGUCAGAAUUUCAAGCUCUCACCUGAAACAAGCAUAAUCGAAAAAGGUGAAAUGUGAAGUCAGGUUCACUCUGCAUUACUCACACAAGGACAAUCAUUGAUUCUGUCUUUUUUGAAAGAAAAAUCAUUCUUGUGGCAUCUGAGAAAGUAAAGAAACACCAAAGAUUUGACGUUUUUGUUGGACGGUACCAGACACAUGCCGACCUCAUCCACCACCACCACCACCACCAAAGUAGCCACUGAUUCUGCUUCUUCUCCCAACUCACCUCCUUUGUGUCUGCCUCUCUCGCCUCUCUCAUCCUCUCUCCACGCCGGCACAUGGAAGCAACAAGGGCGAAAAGAACGGCAAUAAAUCUGACAACAGAACAGCACAUAGCCUUAUUAUCCGAGCCCCAUCCUGCACACACACACAAACACACACACACACACACACACACACAAGGCCGUCAUAAAGAAAACAAACGCAGCCUCUGAAAAAUAAACAACGAGGCUUUCUUAUUCUCUGCCUCUACCUCCCCCCUCUCCUGUAGUCUCCUUCAUUCCUUGACCAAAGGUAUUCCCUAAUGGCCAGCCAUUUCAGAACGCAGCUCGGCCUGAUCAUACGGCAAACUAAUGAAUUGAAAAAUGAAUCGAUGCAGACAGAGAGAGCGAGGCCUUGACCCCUCCUGAAGGUGAAACUCAAGACGCUCAGCAGUAGAUACUCAGGUCUUCCAGGCCCAGGUCUAUAUUUUUUGCACAGAUGUUGGGGGGGCCUGCAGGGAGACGUGUCACUGUUACUCCUGGCCUGAGCCUAGAGUCUGUGUUUCUCUGACCAACCCGAAGAGGCAGGGCUAGAUGUCUGGACACGCUCUUUGUUCUGCUGGGAGCUCUUCCUCUGAUCAAUAACCGAGAACCAAGCGACAACAACACGAUCGGGCACCCAGCCAACUACAUUACAGCUGCAUAUGAAAAGCAGAAUGUAAGAGGAGCACAUGGAACCCACUGGAGAUGGGGACACAAAGGCCUCAUAACAGCAGCAGCAGCAGCAGCAGCACACCUCUCCCUCCCCUGGCAGAGCAACAGUGCCCCCUGCUGUCGAGAGCAGAGACCCGAACCCGGCAGAGUGAUGGGGGCUUGGAGAGGAGAGGAGGAGAGGGGAGGGAAGAGCCACUAGAUGCUGAGGAGAAGUCAUGGCACAACACAUUCAGGCCCUCGCAGCUCUUUGAAGGCAGAUCAAUAGCUAACCAUUAUCCUAUUGUUGUUCCUCAUCCAACCAGCACUGGUGAAGCCAGAGGAGGGGGGAUGGUUUAAGUGAACACUGAAAAACGCAGGGAUUUAGCAAAGGCAGGGAUAUAUUAAGCCAAUCCAAAUCUUAAAGAAUCCACCAAAUACAGGUAGAGAGAAUACGCAGAGAGGGGAUAGAAAAGUACAACAGAGGAAGACGUAUACACCAGUGCUGACACAGACACAUCUGAGGUGCAGUGGAGGUCUGAUUUACAUUCUUUUGGGAGGCUUCAUAUUUCCUCUUUUAUUUAUUUCUCCAUCUUUCUGUCUCAUCUGUUUGCAAAAAAAAAAAAAAGGGUUCUCAACAGAUGUGAUCCAAACCAAAUCUCCUGGUUAUUCCCACACAAGGGUUAUCAGUAGCUAACCCAAAGCUAACCACUACACUCAGCUGUCAAAAUGCUACAGUAAUUAGUGCCAAUGCUUACUGCCUUAAUGCGAAUCAAAGAAAAUGGUACUAGGGUUCACACACAGCUACGGUGCGCCCUACUGAUGGCGGGGCGGUGUGUGUCAUAGCAACCAACAAUCAGCUUUUAACUGAAUUAAGAUAUACUUUUGUAGUAAAAAGGAAAAAAGAAUCAGAUUUUAAGGCAUACAAUAACCGAACCUCAAAUGACAAAGAUACCACACAGACAGACAGAGACAGACAGACAGACACGGUAUGUGUUACAAAUACAAAAGGAAAAUGUCUGGUCACAUAACGGACACAUUUUGAAGCAGAAGAAAAAAUCUGUCAUUCUAUCUUUGGUUCUCUACCUCCUCUGUCCCUCUAACCCCCAUUGCCCCCCUCCCUCUUUCUCUCUUCCUCUCUAUAUUGAUGCGGGUAUUUAAUUAGUACCAUAGACACAAAGUUUCUAUUUCUUGUUACUAUUGUGCUCUGUUGUGCAUAAGUAAGGCACCUUGUUGAUAAAUCAAAAACAAAAAAAGGAAGAACUUUUUAAAAGGAAAAAAAAGAGGGAUGCAAGGAUCAAGGCCAAUGAAGGAUGUAUUUUUUUCUCUUUUUUUUUUCUUUUUUGCAUUCUAUGUGAAUAAAGACUCAAACGAGACAUUUUACCAUGUGAGAGAGAGAGAGAGAGAGAGAAAAGAAAACAGGGAGCUGCUGAAGAGAAGAAUAAACGACGGACGCUCUCUCUCUUUUGGCAUCUCAUGUCAGAACUGUGGUACUCUCAGCCCCCUUUAAGCCCAGCCCCAAAGAAAUGGGGUAAAACAGAGGGGGAGAAAACACGACCUCCAGACGUCCUGGCUGAUUCAGUGUGUUUUGUUGCAGGGUGGGUGGGGUCAAAGCUUGGGACUCAAUAGUUAUCUGUAUGGUCUUAAAAAUGCAACUGUAGCAUUUCCAACAAUGUAGUCAGAUUAGCGGUGCAGAUUAGAUAAGCAGUGGUCAUUGUAGAGGAGUCGACUGAGAGAGGUACUGACUAACUUCACAUUGCUGUAAGCAGUGAGUUAAUGUCGCCAAAGGAUGAUGAGCUAAAAAUCGAUUUGUGGUAUACAGUUCAGUGAGCAUAGGUAAAUAGCUAGACUCAGCGCUAGGUAUUAGGCUGACAAAAUGACAUUUGUUUGUAGUGAGAACCAAUGUGGCUACCUCACUAAGCUGAGUGGUUUGUGAAACCGCCACUAAUACCAAAGAUACUGCAGCCUACCGGUCCCAAACUGCCUAGGGGGACACACAAACCAAAAAAGAAAAAAAAAGGGAAAAAAGAAAAAAAAAUCUCCCCCCUCUUUGCCCAACACUGUUACAUGCACACUGAUAAUAUUACACACAAACACACACACAUAUAAAACACACACAAUUGUACAAACAGAGCAGUCAGACUGCAUCGUACCACAUAGGAGGAGGUGGUUACAUGCAGAUAGAGUUGAGUGCCUUUUCCCUUCAACCACGGGUGGGACUGCACUGGUAACACACACACAUAACACACACAAACACACAAACACACACACACGCAUAUAUAGCAGUACAUCCGUUCACAAACAUACACUUACAUCGAGACAAUGCACCCAUAAUUGGAUGGACAGAAAGGGGGGCCAAAGAGAGGGACACAGAGUGGGGGCUGUGUCAGCAUUUUCUCCCAUAUUGACUUUCCAUCUUGAUACACUAGAAUACAAGCACUUUAUCAUGUAGAAAGUCUAUAAAACAUUUUCUAUACACUAUUUAUUUGAAACAAAAUUAUAUGUUACUCCUUUAAUCUGUCAGUCUUUGUUACCGUAUUGUUAAUCUUCUUGUAGCUCAUAGCUUUUGGAGCUUUUACCUUUUUUUUUUUUUUUUUUUUUCUCUCUCUCCGCCCCGGUGUGCUCAGACUCUCAGCCACUUUACCUCGCUCGCAUCAGAGAUAUUUUUGUGAAACAGAGAAAGAGGGGGGUAAAAAGGCUGAGGCUCUGAGCGCUUAGAGGGCUGUAGAUGUAAAACCUCAAUGUCUAUUUUCUUUUCUUUAUUUUUUUUUUAUCUCCACUGCGUGCAAGCACAGAGGCUGCACUAGAGAAGUGUGGAAGACUCACCAACAGUUUAUAGACACAAUUUCUCUCCUCCCUCCACCUCGUCUGUCUAGUCAACCUCUCCCCCUGGCUAGUGCUAAGACUCGGUAGGCGUGUGUUGACAAUUAAUUCUGAAAUACCUCAAAAACCUUUCAUGUAAACUUUAUGUAAUUUAGACUGAAAAUAAUACUGCUAAUGAUAACAAUGAUUAUGAAACUAUGAUACUAUGAUAGUUAGUUUUGGAACUUGUGACUUGAAGCUUUAUACUGUUAAAUUCCUUUUAUUUGUUUGCUCAUUUUUCUUGUACGUUUCUCUCGUUUGUUUUUGCUACGGCAUGUACUUACUGUUUUCAUAAAGGAAAAGACAUUGUGAAUGUUUCUGUGGAGGGUUACAUGAGAAAAGAAGAGACAGAAGAGAAGGCUAGAGUCCAGAAAGAGAGAGGCAGGAGCUACUCACUUCACAUGCCUAGUUCAAAGCUCUCUCUUCAAGGCGGGUUCACUUAAAGGAAAAAAAAAAAAAAGAUAAAAACAAGAAAAAAAAAAAACACAAAAUAAGAUUUGGGCUGAAUCCUAAACCAAAAAUUUGAUGUUAUACCAAAGGAGGAAAAACCUUUUACUCAUUGUAAGCUUUCUUCUGCCUUUAAGUUGUCUUUUCUCUGAAAAAAAAAGAAAAAAAAAACAAUUUCACAGUUACUUUUGAAGGUUCCUGGGUGUGUUCAAGUGCUCCUGAUGUUCUUAGAAUACUAAAGACCAGCACCUCCUAUUGAAAAGAAGGUGCGCUCUUUCUUUUUUGUUUUUUUUUUUGUGCAUGGAUAUUGUAUAACUGUAUAGAAACCAACAGGAAUGACCUGUGAUUUUGUGGGGAGAGGAGGAGGAUGGAAAGACUUGGGAAAAGGGUGGAGAAGGGGUGGGGGAUAUUUUGGUUAUCAAAACAUAAAAAAAGGGGGUGGGAGGAUUCGGGUUUUAGGCGUUGGAGGGGUCCUUGUUUUUAGAAUUUCCGUCACUGUUGGAUUCACUGGUUGUGUGCAUGUGUUGUUGCAACCCUUCCCCUUUCCCCAUGUUUCUUUGAUGUAUAUAAAUCCAGACAGUAGGGGGCAGUGUGUGCUGGGGGAGGUCAAACUCCUCUCCUCCCAAUCAAUAGCAUUCAAUCUUCAUUCCUCAGCUUGCGGUCCUCACUCGGGUCCUGAAAUGUGUGUCUUGCUUUUCCAAAGACGGGCUGUUUACUUGGAGUUAAUCAGAGGGACACACACAGGCGCGAGCGGCCUUGAAUAUACCUGUAUGUCUGUCUACAUGCUUUUCUUCAAUCUGUGUAUGUGUGUUCAUUUGUACCUAUGUGGAAGACAAAGUAUUUCUUUUUUAUGUUCCUUUAUUAUGGGUUGCAAUAUUUGUCAUGCAAAGAUUUGAAACCAUUUCUUACUGACUGACGACCAACAAACCGCAGUACCGCACGGCAACCGGUAAAACUCGAGCUGAAAUGUUGUCAGCAUUUACUGUCAAACAGCAUACGUGUGUGGCAUUUCAGUGUGGGAUCAAAGGUUGCCUGUGGGACUGAUGUAGACACCCCCAGUCACACUGUGCUCUCCCUCUUCUGUUACCUGUUAAUCAAUCAGAACCAAGUGUCUUUGUGAUGGUAGAAGACAAUCAGUUUCAAAACAAGAAAAAAGGUAGAGAGAGGGCAGGCCAGUGGGGAGGAGGAAGGGAAGGAUGGAGGAACAAAAUCAAGGGAAAAGAGGCUCUCUGAACAGUGUCCAGCUGUAGUGCCAGGCUGCCAAACGACUGCCCAGCUACCCCAUCCACCCUCCAUCUAUCUAUCAACCUUUAGCAGGCUGAUCUGACUCCAUGUGACUCAGUUACACACACACACACUCACUCACACACUCCAAACUCAUAAGACAUUUUCAAUUCAUUUUCCUCCCAUUACCCCGUCUCUUUUCACCCUCUUGCACUCCUACUGCCACAAUGUAGUGCACUGCAGGAGAAAGAAAUGCAACCUGUGGUGCAGAGAUCAUAUUUCCCUUCACCCACCACAAUUUCCUGCUAAUCUAAUGAUGAUGUAACCAGCCGCGAGGAAUAAAAAUGGCUCCGGUUGGUGGCUUUUGCACAGAGAACUAUGCAAACACCUGACCCCCCCAAUCUUAAUCGUUGCUGCUGGGUCAGAGUGUACAACCCUCAACCCCACCCUCUCUCUCCCCCCUGUCCUCCCUCACCCAAACAUUUAGACAUCCCUGCUCACAGUUUGACCCUCCAUAACAUGUUCCCAUUCCCUCCCCUCCCCUGAGCCCAGAGCGGGCAGAGAAGCCCCUCCAGUCACUCUGGGUACAGUAGAGAGUGGCUGAGGGAGUGAUGCGCACUACAGCACCCCCAUGAUUCACCAGACUGAUGUCGUACAAGCUUUACACGAAUAUAUAUGCCCCAAACUGCCACUGACAUCAAAAUGGAGUCCAUGUUGUUGUUUGCAAGCCGAUCCUCCCCGCUCAUGGCUCCAUUGUUCUACAAUGUUGGGCUGUCUUUGUCCCCCAGCGCCAAGGAAGGGCCACAAUCAAUGCAAAGACACCCACAUUGUACUUACUCAAGUUUACAAAGUCGUCUGGAGAUGGUGGCUUAUAUUGCACUCGGACAGACAGACAGACACACAAACAGACACAGGCACAUGCUGGAGAGGGUGAGUCUGCCUUUUGAGAGUGUUUGCUGAAAACCAAAGAUGAAAUCAGAGGUAUGACAAUCUGGCUACCAAACCUAGAAGACAAUGUUCAGCUCUCUGGGCUGCUCUACGGGUCCUGUGAUUUUACCGGCCAUGUGGACAUUCCACCAAUUGCACUUGAACACAAACACACACACACACACACACACAUACAUAAAUAUACACGCGCACCCUCUGGUGUGAAUCCUCACUCGCACACACACACACACACAUACAUACAAAAACAAGGGAUAUACCACGUUCGCAAUGUCUGGUCAGAAAGCCUCUUUUCCCUCCUCCCACUGCAGAAGCCGGAGAGCCUGUGGAGGACUUUUAGUUUCACUCUAGUUGAGACUUUUGAGAAGGAAAAAAAUCUGAGUAAUAACUGUUACAGAAAAAUAAAAACUUAAAAGGAUAAUAUGGGUAAAAUUGCGUGUUUUGAAAUAAAUUAACAAAUAAAACAAUUGUAAAACAAAG